GUGCGCUUCAGGUGUCUUCUCGAGCGAUAACCAUGCCAGGUCUGUUACCCGCUGUACUCCUCGGGACGGUGCUUUAUGUACUGUUUCGCUUUUACGCCCGUUACAAGCUCGACUACUGGAAGCGCCGAGGGGUCGAGCAGCUGCCCAAUACCGAUCUUGUGUUUGGCAAUUUCAAGGACGGCAUCCUCUUCCGCAGAGCUCCGGGCUAUCAUCUCGGCGUGCUCCACAACUCCGCCGUUGACAAGAAAGCGCCCUACGUCGGCUUCUACAUCUUCCACAAGCCGUGCCUGCUGCUCCGGGAUCCCGAGAUCAUCAAGCAGGUCAUGAUCCGGGACUUUGACAACUUCUCCGAUCGGCACUUUGCCGGCUCCCAACAGAAGGACAGCAUCGGUAUGAAAAAUCUGUUUGGUCUGAAGAAUCCUGCCUGGAAGUAUCUGAGGUCCAAGAUCACCCCGACGCUCACCAGGGGCAAGCUUAAGCAAAUGCUGCCUCUGAUGAUGCAGACCGGGAAGCCCAUGAUGGACCACUUGGAGGAGCAAAACAUUCAGUCGGACCGCGAGACUGUCAUCGAUGCCCAGGAAUUGAACUACAAGUACACGACUGAUCUCAUUGCCAACGUUGCCCUCGGCACUCCCAUGGACUCGUUUCAUAAUCCUAACGAAGAGUUCAGCAAAUGCGUGAACAAUUUCUUCCAUGGUUUCAAGAGAAUGGUUGCUUUGGUUACUGUAUUUUUCAUGCCAGAGUUGGUUGAACUUAUUGGACCAAGUAUGUUAUUCAACUCAUCGUUUGUGAGAAAAGUAUUCUGGGAUGCUGUAAACAGUCGCGAACAAAGUGGCACCAAAAGAGGUGACUUUAUCGACUCACUCAUUCAAUUGAAGAACGGAGAGCAAAAUCCCGAAUACAAGUUUGAGGGUGAGAAUCUGCUUUAUCAAUCCGGCACUUUCUUCUCGGGCUUCGAAUCGAGUUCCACGACAACUGCCUUUACUCUCAUGGAGCUGGCAGCUCACCCAGAAUACCAGGAGAAGGCACGUCGAGACAUCGAACGUGCGAUCAAGGAGCACGGCUUGACUUACGAAGCGUUCAACGACAUGAAAUAUCUAGACCAAUGUAUAGCUGAAGGUGUUAGGCUGCAUCCACCUGUAUCGACCAUUGAUCGAUACACCAGACAAAACUACACGAUUCCCGGUACUAACAUCGUUAUUGAGAAGGGAACCCCAAUUUAUGUCUCGCUCUACGGUAUGCAAGAGGAUCCUCGGUUCUUCGAGCAACCGGAAGUUUAUGAUCCAAGCAGAUUCAAUGACGAAAGUCAAGUAUCCGAUGCUUACAUCCCGUUUGGAAUUGGACCUAGAAUGUGUGUUGGUAUGAAAGUAGGUCAAUUACACGCCAAAGUAGUUUUAGCUAUGAUUUUAAGUGAGUACAUCGUUGUUCAAAAACCAGAAAAUAAAUUAGUACUGGAUCCUAGAUCGACGUUUACAGCAGCAGCAGAUGGAAUAAACCUUCAUUUUAGAAAAGUCAUCAGAUAGUGCUCGUCUUUUUUUCUUUUUUUUUUAAUGUUCAAUCCAUUUUUUUCAUUAAUACUUAUUUUCACUUGCGCACAUAAUUCACUUUAAUGUAAUAGUAAUUACCUAUGUUAAGAAAAUUCUUCUGAACGUCUUAAAGUAGAAAGAAUGUCCAUUCUGAAGUGUAGUUGAAUUUUCAUCUAAGUCUUUGCUCAUGGAAAGGGACCUUAAAUAGUAUUUGUUCAUUAAAUGAUUGAAUGAGUGUAGUGAUAAUCGGAUAAUUGUACUGCCAAUGAAGUUGUAUGGCAACUUUUCAUCAUACUAUAAACCAAAUAUUGUAAAAAUCUUUUAAUGCUAAUAGUGAUAAUGAAUGAAUUUAAUGUAAGCAAAUGAAACCGUUAAUUUUUUUAAUUCAGCAACUACUGUAAUUAUGAUGUGCGUAAAUUGUAAUAAAAUUAUUUUGAUACUACA